AAUAGUAUACGAACAUGUCUGGAAGAGGCAAAGGAGGUAAAGGUCUCGGGAAAGGGGGCGCCAAGCGUCAUCGCAAGGUUCUUCGCGAUAACAUCCAGGGAAUCACCAAGCCCGCUAUCCGCCGCCUGGCUCGUCGUGGUGGUGUGAAGCGUAUUUCUGGUCUCAUCUACGAGGAGACUCGUGGGGUUCUGAAAGUGUUUCUGGAGAACGUGAUCCGUGAUGCUGUCACCUACACCGAACACGCUAAGAGAAAGACCGUGACAGCCAUGGACGUCGUCUAUGCUCUGAAACGCCAGGGACGUACUCUGUACGGCUUUGGUGGUUAAAAAUCUCAUCUCACU